AUGCUUUUGUUUGUUUUCCUCUCGCUGCUCGGAUCGUCAGUAUACGCAGACAUCACCAAUAAUACCGUAUACGACUAUGUCAUUGUUGGAGGCGGAACAACGGGCCUUGUGGUUGCGAACAGGCUGAGCGAGGAUCAAAACAAGACGAUCUUGGUGAUUGAAAACGGUGCCCUCAGCAACAGUACACUCUCCAGCAUCCCCGGCAACUCCGGCGGCCUCAACCUUGCCGCCAUGUACGACAUCCACAGUGCGCCCGUCCCCAAUCUCGGCAACCAGUCGUUCCUCGUCACAGUCGGCAACGUCGUAGGUGGCGGCUCCUUCGUAAACGGCAUGCAAUUCGACCGCGGCGCCAACGCCGACUACGACGCCUGGGCGGAGCUCGGAAACCGCGGCUGGGACUGGAAAAGCCUGCAACCGUAUUUCCUCAAAAGCAACCACUUUGAUGCGCCGUCGAGCGCGACAACCGCCCGAUUCGGCAUCUCGUAUGAUGCAAGCGCAUACGGCAACGGGCCCGUCCGCGUUUCCAUUCCAGACUACCAGUUCCCGGAUAUGAAGCACAUGUAUCAUUCGUGGGACGACAUUGAUAUUCCGCAUCCAAAGGAAGGAUUCGCAGAGCCAGUCGGCCACUACUGGUCGCCGAAUUCGAUUGAUGCAGCUACGGGCAUGAGGUCGACCGCGCGCACGGCGUAUUACGAUCCGAUCGUAUCGCGGGGAAAUCUCAAGCUGCUGACGGAGACGCACGUGGAUGAGAUUACUUUUUCAAGGGACGGGGUCGGCGGCGCACUGAGAGCUACGGGCGUCAAGUUCACGCGGAACAGCAGCGGUAAACAGGCGCAGGUGUUUGCGGCCAAAGAAGUCGUUCUCGCUGCAGGGGGCGUGUUUACUCCCCACCUGCUCAUGUACUCUGGUAUCGGGCCUGCUGAUGUCCUGGAGGACGCCGGCAUUACUGUCAAGAAACACCUCGCAGGCGUCGGCUCCAAUUUCCAAGAUCACGUCGCCAAUUACAUGAACUUUGAGCUGCAGAAUCUCGAUGCAGAGAAUAUGGGUGCGCUGAAUACAAACUCGACAUUCAAUCAGACAGCUUACACGCAAUACCUCUCCUCACGCAGCGGACCCUACUCGGCGGGUAAAUCAAACGGCCUUGUAUUCCUCGCUCUGCAACACUUCGACCCAGCCUUCAACGAAACCAUAGCAAAACUCGACUCACAAGAUGCAUCCUCGUUCCUCCCCGCGCGCUACAAAAACGACAGCCAGCUCCUCGCAGGCUUCAAUGCACAGCGCGCCAUCCUCCGCAAGCACUUCGCCAGCACGACCUCGGCUGUCGGUGAAAUCGUCAUCCAGCCCUGGGGCCUUUCGGGAAUCGCAAACAACAAACCGCUGUCCCGGGGAACGAUUACACUGAACACAACGAAUCCCCGGGGGUACCCCGUUGUGCAAUGGAACACGUUUCAGAACCCGCUCGACGCACAUGUCAUGGUGGCACUGACGCGGUUCAACCGUGCACACUGGGCCAAGUCUCCUCGUCUCGCGCGGUACCAGCCUGUGGAGACGGCACCGGGCGCCCAGUACGUGACUGACGAAGAGAUUGUGCAGGGGAGCAUCGAUACAGGCACGCUGCAGCCGACGUUUGCGCAUCCGAGCGGAGGAUGCAGUAUGUUGCCUCUGGAGCUGGGGGGCUGUGUCAGUGACGAGUUGCUCGUGUAUGGCGUGCAGGGGUUGAGUGUUGUGGAUGCAAGUAUCCUGCCGUUGAUUCCUGCGGCCCAUUUGCAGGCCACCAUGUAUGCGGUUGCCGAGAAGGCGGCAGAUCUGAUCAAGAAGAGGGCAGCGGCGGCGGCGGCGUAG